AUUUUUGCAGGCGAUUUGAGAUCUGUCUCGUAUAUGGUGCAGAUGGUGGCAGCACAGAGACGGAUAAGUCGCAGGGACAAUUGUGCUUGAGAAGCAGGAGACUCCAUCUGUGCCUUUGUUGCAUAGGAAUCAAGUGAAUGCAUGACAUAGGAACAUUGUGAAGUCCUGCAAUGGCCUGUCUAGCUAGUCUGUCACGUGUGAGUGCUACAGCAGCAUCUCUAAAGCCUCUGCUACAUCAUGAAGGCAGCUUCUUCAGACAUUCUCGAGUACUGUUCAGUAAUCUCUCACAUGGAAAACCCCAAUGGCAAGAAAGAACCAUGACAGGACACAAUACCCUUGAAAGUUUGUCCACCCAUAAUCUUGUUUCAAACAGUAUUUCAACCCUGAGGUCACUGUCGACGUCCUCGGGGUGCUUGAAGUCGGCGACGUCGAGAGCAGAACUGAAGAACAGUAAAAUAAUUGUCCUGAAGCUGGGUAGUGCUGUGAUUACGAGAGAUGAUGAAUGUGGGUUGGCCCUUGGAAGGUUGGCAUCUAUAGUUGAACAGGUUUCCGUGUUACAGUCAUCAGGGAGGCAGGUUGUGCUGGUAACAAGUGGAGCUGUAGCAUUUGGAAAGCAGAGGCUACGGCAUGAAGUUAUGCUUUCAAAGAGCAUCAAACAAACUCUUGCUCCAAAUACCUCUAGUAUUAUUCAGAUGGACUCUCGAGCCUGUGCUGCAGCUGGACAGAGUGGUCUCAUGUCUUUGUAUGAAGCAAUGUUCUCACAGUACGGUCUUACCACCGCUCAGGUGCUGGUGACCAAACCUGACUUCUACCAUGACUACACUCGAAGCAAUCUAAGGGGGACCAUGCAGGAACUCUUGAGAAUGAACAUCAUCCCCAUCAUCAACUCCAACGAUGCAGUUGUUCCUCCCCCAGAGGAAGACAAGGAUUUGGCUGGGGUAAGAACAGGGGUGAUAAGCAUCAAAGACAAUGAUAGCCUUGCAGCUCGUCUUGCCAUUGAGAUCAACGCUGAUCUUCUUGUCCUCCUUUCUGAUGUUGACGGGAUCUUCUCUGCUCCACCUGGUCAAGAGGGGGCGUCCUUCUUAGAUACGGUGUACCCUGGAGACACGGCUUUCAUUGAGUUUAGUGGGAAGUCACGUGUUGGGCUUGGUGGUAUGGAAUCAAAGGUCAAAGCAGCAAACUGGGCCCUGGAGCGCGGCUGCUCCGUCGUGAUCGGAAAUGGAAUGAACAGGGAUGACAUCGUACUGAACAUCCUGAAUGGAAGGAAGGUGGGUACCUUCUUCACGGAGACCAAACCUACCGGUGUUUCCCCAGAGAACCAGGCCAUCAAGGCUCGGGAAGGAGGAAGGCUACUUCAAUCACUCAGUCCAGAACAGAGAGCUGAGAUUAUAGAACGUCUAGCUGACCUCUUGAUAGAAAGGUCAUCAACAAUCAUGGCGGCUAACAGAAGAGACAUUGACGAGGCUAGGAUAAGCAAUAUGACAGGACCUAACCAGGCCAGGCUAGCCCUGACUGAUGCUAAGCUGAAGAGCCUAUCUGAUGGUCUAAGACAGAUAGCAGCCACCUCACACAACAAUGUUGGUCGUGAGAUCAAGAGGACAUUACUCUCCGAUGACAUGUUGCUGCGACAGGUGACCGUACCCAUCGGUGUCCUGAUGGUUAUCUUUGAGUCCAGGCCAGACUGUUUGCCUCAGGUGGCAGCACUGGCCAUCAGCAGUGCCAAUGGUCUACUCUUAAAGGGAGGCAAGGAAGCAAGCUACAGUAAUGAAGUUCUUCAUUCACUUGUAGAAGAAGCUCUGGAACUUCAUGAUGCUAAGGAUGCUGUCGCGCUGAUCAGUACAAGAGAGCAGGUUGGUGAUUUGUUGAAGAUGUCUGAUGACAUUGACCUUGUGAUCCCAAGAGGUUCUAAGGAGAUGGUUCAACUGAUACAGCAACAGAGUGAAGGCAUCCCUGUCCUCGGACACAGCGAAGGAAUCUGUCAUGUCUUCAUUGAUGAGGAAGCUGAACCGGAUAUGGCUCUCAAGAUUAUUCGUGAUUCUAAAUGUGAUUACCCUGCUGCCUGCAAUGCCAUGGAAACACUUCUCAUCCACAAGAAAUUCAGACAUACUCAAUUCUUUGAAGAUAUCCUGGAUAUGCUUAGAGCUGAAAAUGUCAAAUUCAACCCUGGCCCUCGCUUGGCCCGUUCCCUCAAGUUUGGUCCACGUGAAGCAGACUCCAUGAGCAUAGAGUACGGUGCUUUAGAGUGUGCAGUGGAGAUUGUUGAUGAUGUCACAGCUGCUAUCAAUCAUAUACACAAACAUGGCAGCUCGCAUACUGAUGUCAUUGUCACAAAUAAUGAGGAAUCAGCUGAACAAUUCUUGAAUAAUUUGGACAGUGCCUGUGUCUUCCACAAUGCCAGUACUCGCUUCUCAGAUGGUUACCGCUUUGGCUUAGGAGCUGAAGUUGGUAUAAGCACCACUAGGAUCCACGCCCGAGGGCCCGUCGGUGUAGAGGGUCUCCUUACCACCAAGUGGAUCCUUGAGGGAUCUGGAGACACCGUGCAGGAGUAUACAGCAGGAGGGAGCAAGAUGUUUGUACAUAAGGAGCUGGAGGUGGAGAAUGGAAAUGAUAUCCUGGAGUCUUCAACAGCAUAGAGGUAUCUUGGUAACUCUCCUGGAUGAUUCCAUUGGCUUAUCACAUUCAUAGUAGCCUUCUAACAAGGCUCCUUGGUCAAAAUUGUGUUUUUCACCAUUACACGAUAAUGAACAAAGCAUGUUGAUGAAAACUACUUACUCUUGAACUGUCCUCAGAGCCAGUUAAAUUUCAUUGGUGUGGUGAAUACAUGAAUAUUCAUCGAUUUGUACUGGGGCACAAAAUGACGUUAAUCGACCAAUCAAAAUGAUGGGCUCUACCUGCUCGACAUAGGGCAUUGUUCAUAUGUGUGAGUGAGCUGUCAUCUGAAAGACGGCUCCUGAUUAGCUUCUAUUGGUAGAGGAAUUCAAAACAAGAUGCCAAAGGCUCGUCUCAUUGUGCUUAACGACUCGCGGCUUUGAAGCCCAUGUGUAGUCUUUCUGCAUCAGACCCUAUGCUAUACAGCGGGAGGCCUUGACAGAAGGCUACAUUCAGAGUAUUCCUUUUUGAAAUCAUGUGUGACCCAUUAUGCAACAGCAUAGAGGUCUCUGAUAUAAAUUAUUUUAUCAUGAAUCAAGGUGUCCAUCUGGUUGCUGGUUGAGAGUUGCUCUUUCUUCACGUCUGUAAGCACUUGAUGUCUUGUAGCAGAUUGCAGGUCUGCCGGACAGCUUCCAAAUUCUCUUGCAAAACCAUUUAGAAAAUUUAUUUCACUUCUGAUCAUGACAAGUGCAUCAAAAUUAAUUUCAUCUUCAAGAUAGGCUGCAAAGCCCUUUAAAAAUUACUGAAAUAAAAAAUCCUGUUAUCAAGAUGACGGAGUUUUGUAAGUUGUCAUUGAUGAACUUGAGAGAAAUCCAUGUAAAUCACAACUCAGUAAGACACAACUGUGGUGAAAUACAUUGUGUGAAGAUUACUGAAAGCUGUUGCCUGGCCUUUGACAUUAUGAGGCAGAAAUUUAGGGGGGGGGGUAAAGUUUGGGAUACAUUGCACUGUAUUGAGAUAUCUGAGUGAAUGAGUGUAAAACAUUUUUUUUUCUUAAAGUAGUGAUCAUAUUUUAUUUACAAUAUAUGUUGACAAUUUCAUUAUUUCAUUUUCUUCAAAUAAUUUAGGAUUUUGGUUUAAUUCCUCAUGGAAGAUGAUGGAUAAUGACGAUAACAAUAUUUAUAGGUUGAUUGGAUUGGGUGUUUCAAAGCAUGGGCUGACUAACUUACAUGAUAAAAUUACAAAUGAAAUGUUGAGUAUGUGGGAUCUUUGGCUUUUUUCCAUACUGACCAAAAUGUGCUUAUGAUUAUUAGUGAGAAUAAUUAAUGCAUUACCUUUGUUGAAUAACAAUUCAUUUUAAUUAAACUUUCAGUGCUAUGCUUGUCCAAUUUUUCUCUUGUUCAAACCAACUUCUUGUUGGGAUGGACUUUGCCUUUUUUCUAUAAUGUCAUGAAUAUGGUGAGGAUGAAAAAUCAAUUUGUCAUCUCUGAAUUGAUAAAUAUAAUAAUGAUCAUUUUUAUUUCUUUUAUAUGCUGAUUAUGAUAAUGAUUCAUCAGUAUAUUACAGUAUUAUUAGUAUGUACAAUGGAGAUAUUUUUUGUGAUUAAAAUUCUGCUAUUAAAGUAUCAUGUAUCAGUAUUCUCUACUGCUUGUAAUGCUCAUUAUGGAAUGAGUUGAAUAUUUUAAAAUCUACUUAUUUGAUAGAUGAUAUAACCAGAUAUUUUUCUUAGAUAAAGAAAAACCUUGCUUAUUUAUUUCACUAUUAUUUUUGUAACAUUUUUUUGUCCUUGCAUACAUGUAAGUGCACAAUAUCCCAAUAAGCAGACAGUAUGAAUAAUGCUUGCUUCUUUCAUGAUUGAAAUUAUGAUUUAAUUUUUUUUUUUUUAAUGGCUAAAAAUAUCUAAACUUGAUGUAGAUGUUAUGACCGCAUUUUGUAAUAUUUUCCUCUUGUAAAAGUCCAAUUUUAAAUUAAGCCUUUUUCUUUUCAUCAAAAUUUUGGUUUCAAUUUGUAUUUAUAUAUAUAUUUUUUUAAUUUUUCUUGUUAUACAGUUUAUCUUAUAAAAAUAUGAAAAUAUUUUGUCUUUUUAAAACCCCUUUCCCCUUCAGACAUCACAUUUUGCAUUUCCAUUUCAUUUUAACUCUUAUUGAUUCCAUCAUAUAGUUCAAACCCUGCAUUUUAUUCACUAAAGGAAGUCUUUGAUUAGAUUCAUUCCAAGAAUGUAUUCAUCUUGUUCAUUACCUUGCUCUCUGAAAUAGCAUGUGAGCCAUUAGACACUUGUUAAGCUGUAUAACCUAGCUUCUCUAAAUGAUUGAGUGAAAUGAAGUAAAAUGGAAUAAAAUAAAAUGCCUCCUGCCAGCAUGCUAUCUUAUAAUUUACUUUUUUACAAUCAACAUUCCUUAGAUAGAACGUAUUCAUUUUGUUUAUUUCUUCAGUAAUGUUAUGCUUAUAAUCUACAUGUACACUAGAUAACAAUUGCCAUUGUUUCAUCAUUAUUGGUAGAUAUAGCUUCAUCAUAUACAUUUAAUGCCUUAUAUUUAUAAUAGUGAUAUUCAGUGUCUCUAAAAUUUGGAAGGACAUCACCUCUAUUCUUUGUUAUAACUUUACCAUUCAGGUUCUGGAGAGUAGGAAAUAUAAAUAUAGAUCACUCAGUUGAAGUGGACCAUAAUGACAAAGAAAAAGAAAAGAAUUGCAUUUGUCUUUUGGCUUCUGAAUUUUUCCUUUUGCCUUAGUCCUGGAAUUUCUCUAUAUCCAUAGUCAAGUUGUGCAACGUUAAUUAUUUAUAUAUGAUUUAAAAAUAGGCACACUGAAUUUUUUUUUGGAGGUGCAAACACUGAAAAAAAAAAUUAUUUGGAUAUUUCCUUCGAAUUUUGCUUUCCUUUGAGCAGUUUUGAAGCACACCUGGGGCCGGUUUCACAAGGCUGUUCACAAGUCAUGCAUGACUUUACUCACGAUUGGUGACCUUUUCUUAUAAAUACCCCAAAUCAGGGUUCCCACAGUCAUGGAAAAUCCUGGAAAAGUCAGGGAAUUUAGAAAAUGUGUGAAAAGUCAUGGAAUUGCAUUUACCUCUUGGCUGUGGCAGCCUUCCAGUUUGUCGUGUCUCGCGCAACUCUCAUACUCUGUGAUCAUACUCUGCUAUUAUGCAUGUAAUCGGUGUUCAUGAUUUCCAUUUUUCCCAGUUUUGUGACAUCCCAAACUCUGCAUAACUCCCAGGAUGUCACGGGAAGUCAUGGUAAGCAGCAAUUUAGUCAUAGAAAAGUCAUGGAAAAGUAUUUUCAAACAUAAUUUUAUGUGGGAACCCUGCCAAAUUUGUCCCAUUUUUAACUAACAUAAUAAAAAUGAAUUUCCUUCAUGUGUAACCCUAAUUGAGUUUGGAAAACUGUUUAGUUUUCUGUUCUGAUACUGUAAUGAAUAUUUCAAUUAACAAAGAUCAAAGUUUGACUAUAGCUGAAAAGGAUGAUUGAAAAGGGUUACAAGUCAUGUUUAAAGUUGGCUGUAACUUUAAACAGCUUUUCAGUUGUGCAUUAGUUUCCCUUGUGUUGUGGUGAUGGAGAAAUUUAUGUGUUCACUUCAGCUGUGCAAAUGUAACUGUAUUGAACUGCUAGCAUUGAAUGUGCCAAAUGUCCCGAACUGGACAUUUUUCAGGUCGGUUCAUAUUUUUCUCAAUUACCCUGAUGAGUUUUGCCAUUUUAUUUAUGAGUUCAUGCGAAUAUUGCCGUUUUGAGAUGCUGCUCAUUAUCACUGUUUUCAUUCAGUGCUGUGUUCUCUGAAAGCCAACAAAUACUUUUAUGUAUCCAAAUCCUACUUGAUAUGAAAAACUGUAUUGAUCCAGAACCAUCAUUAUUCUGUGCAAUAUCUGCUACUUUGUAGUGUGUCAGUGACAUCCCUAGACCUUGAGUUUAUUAGGCUGAUAGCUGAAAUACAACAUUAUGAAACCCUAUGUGAUGGUAUUUAUUGAUCAGCUAAGAGAGGUUAAGUUACAUGCAAAAUAAUCAAGUAGAAGUAAAAUAGCAAAGAAUUAAGAUCUUGUUAUUAUAUCAUUAAAAUGGAAGAAUUCAAUGCGCAAUCAUACACUGUUGCAUGUUAUGUUGGGCAAUUAGUGUUAGAAGUAUGAAAAUUUACAUCUAUAGCUUUAUAAAGAAGAUUAUGGACUUGAGAUUUUAGUCUAGUAUGCCUUAGAAUAUUUUAUUUUUCAAGAAUUUUUGUUUGGUCAUUUGUGUCAUGGAUUCAAGAGUUCUAUUAGGAUCCAUGCUUGUAUGCAUAAAUGAAAGGACAAUACUACCUGUAGGUAGAUUUGAAUUUAGGGUAUAAAACAUAUCUAAUUUCAUUAUUGAUAUUUUUAUUGUUUUAAUUGUAUUUUAUUUCAUUUGACUUAUAUUCUGCUCAUUUGCAUUAUACACAAUCGUUAUUGAUUAUGAAAUCUUGCACAAUUCCUUUGCUUGUUAACUUAAAAUUCACUAUUUUGGAAGAAAAUGAUUGGACAUGUGAUGUGUGAUGCUGGUAAAGAAAUGUUUAUUAAAUAGCACCAUACAUACACAUACAAAA